CGAGCUGUGUGUUACCGUUCCUCGCUUGUUGUAUCACGUUCUCCGCCGUAAUCACCGUCGACGCGCGUCCCAUCUGACAGACCUGUAGUCGCGGCACCACGUCGUCGUUCCACACACACACAUACACAUACACACAUAUACACACACGCGCGCGCAACCCUAUAAAUAUAUAUAUAUAUAUAUAUAUAUAUACAUGUAAACUCAUAUAUAUGUAUAUAUACUAGAAGCAAAGAGAGAGAGAGAGAGAGAGAGAGAGAAAGAGGGGGAGAGAUAUACACACUGGUGACCCAGCAGCGUACACGCCAUCCUCUGUAAUACGCACACCGUAACGUGUACGAGGUCCGUGCACACACCAUCCACCGGCACACGCGUCCUCUCGCGCACACGGACCACCGGUGAACAGAGGAUCCUCCUUCGAUAUACCACAAAGGAGAGGAGAUAGAAGGGAAGGAAGUAAGGACGCGGAUGUUUCGACCAGUGCUACGACGGAGACGCGAGGAAGGAAUUAACUCGAACGCGCGAUCAACGGUUUCCAAAUAAGUGAAAAUAUCAUCACGGGGAAGAUAGAUAGACUUUUGGUGCGAAGCAGGUGCGAACGGUCCUCGUCUGUUUCGUCUCUUCUUCGUUCAUCGGCUUCUGACAUCGAGGAAUAGCACGUGCAGAUCGGGGAACGAGGCGCGAUUCGAGGCAGCGACCGAUCACGACAAAACCGCGCAAGGAAAACGAAGCACGGUGAGAAAGCAGAAGUGUGGAUAUUCCGCAUUCCGGACAAGGAUAUUCCGAGGGUGUUGCCGAACUUAGUGAUCUUCCACUCACGUCAUUUCGUGCUUUCGUACUUUCAUUCGAGGGACGAGAAUAGUGUUCGCUGAUUCGACAAAGACAUUCAGAGGGAUCUAUCCGUCGACCGAGACGAGGCAACACCCGAAUCUCAAUCAGCCAGACGCCACAGUGGACGGCCGUGUCGUCUAGUGGCGCGUCGUCGAGGGGUCGCGAGGCGUUGGCGGCAAGACGGCCGAUCGUGCGAGGGUGCUGAGUACUAUUCCGCGGCUGCGAGGACAAGCAACAGCCCGAAGAUUCUCCCAGCAAAGGGCAAGAUGCACAUCGAGGUGCAGGUGGCGCUCAACUUCGUGAUAUCGUACCUCUACAACAAACUGCCGCGAAGGCGGGUGAACAUCUUCGGCGAGGAGCUCGAGAAGGCGCUCAAGGACAAGUUCAAGGGGCACUGGUACCCGGAGAAACCUUUCAAGGGAUCGGCGUUCAGAUGCUUGAAGACGGGCGACCCGGUCGACCCGGUGUUGGAGAAGGCGGCGAAGGAGAGCGGCGUGCCGAUCCAGGACAUCUUGGAGAACCUUCCAGCGGAGUUGGCCGUGUGGGUCGACCCCGGUGAGGUGAGCUACCGCAUCGGCGAGAUGAACGCGGUCAAGAUCCUCUACUCGGAGACGGGGGACCCGCACGACGAGAGCUCGGCCGACCGGGAGGUGACCAAGACGUUCAACCCCGAGGCCCAGUGCUUCAGGCCCAUCGAGGCCGUGGGCACGUCGCUGGGCGGGCUCAGCCUUAGCCCCAAGUCCACGUCCCCGUUCCCGAGCUCGUUGGGCAGCAACGCGAGCAACGGGUCGUCCAACAACCAGCAGAGCGGCCACGGAUCCGGCUCCUCGUCGGCGCCCUCGCCGACGCCCAUCACCACCUCGUUCAAGGGCUCGCCCAGCCCCGUUCCGGCGUUCAUCCCGCGUACCACGGCGCCGCUCACCUUCACCACGGCCACCUUCGCGCAGACCAAGUUCGGAAGCACCAAGUUGAAGACGAGCAGCAAACGAGCGAACAGAAUGUCCCCGACCGAGUUCUCGAACUACAUCAAGCAGCGGGCGAUGCAGCAACAGAUCCACCACCACCAUCACCACCAGCACCAGCAGCAGCAGCAGCAGCAGCAACAACAGCAACAGCAACAACAGCAGCAGCAGCAGCAAGCGGCAGCGGCGGGCGGGCUGCCCGUUUCGCAAACCUCUCCCCGAAGCCGCAGCCUCUCGCCCGGAAGCAUAGUGGCGGGUGGCGGCCAACAGCACACGGACCCAAGCGCGUACUUCUUCCAGCACGGGCCGGCCGCGUAUCAUCCCCAAUUCCCCCAUCGCAACAUCUUCGACUCGUCGAGCCACGGCGGCUACCUGUCCGCCGACCUCUACACAGGCGUCAACUUCCCAUCGUCCUACCUCGACCCGACCACGAUCGCCGGCCACCAGUUCUACGGUGGGAGCGUGAACGGAACGAGCAACGCGGCGGGAAGCAACGGGAAUUCGCAGAGCGCCGGGAACCUGGGCCCGGUCGGGUCCGCGGCGACGAACAGCAACGUGAACGGGUCCGGCCAGCAGCAGGACAAGACGGCGCUCGUCGAGGGGUUGAACAACUUUGGCCUUGGAUCCGUGGCGCCGUACCCGGCCAGCCAGUACCAGCACCUCCUCGUAGCCAACUAAUACCCCGCGCGAGUGGAGACCGAGCGGCUGGCGCGGCUCGAGUCGCGUCUGAUCCUCUGCUGCUUCACAGGACAGGAAGGGGAGUCGGGGAGGAUAGUAUGAGAGGCCGGGCCGUGCGAACGUGAGUGAACGGGCCACGGUUCCAGCCUCUAUCUCGUGCGUCGAGACGUCUUCGUCGUCCAGAGUCUAGGUUCCGUACCCUGACACACGUAAUACACACACGUAAUACACACACGUAAUAUAUACACACACACACAUACACACACACAUACAUAUACACACGUACAACCAGAUUUCGCUUGCACCAUCCGAUCGGAGCUCACCUUCCUGCUCACCCCACGCUAUGUACGCAUAGAGUUCCCCACUCUGUCUCUCUUCUGGCGAAACGAGCGUCCAAUCCAAAACAACAAAGCGGCAAGGUCGGUAGCUCUGCAUUGCUAGUGCAACGAUACCCUCCCCCCUCCCCAAACACCCUCUUCGAGGAUCAUCGGAUCAUCGCGACGACGCCCGAAGCUCAUCGACUCCUGUCUUCUCGUUCGAUCUUCUAUCUUUCGGGAGGAAGAGAGAGAAAGAGAGAGAGAGAGAGAGAAAGAGAGAAAGAGAGAAUCGGCGAAAGAGCGUGCACUGCUAUUGCUGUGCGGUGCUCUCUUUGUCCGCCUCUCUAUUUCUCUCUCUCUCUCUCUCUCUUUCUCUCGAAUAUGGCGAUCCGCUCGAUCUUACGCGUGUGAACAAUUUACGUGCGCGAAAUAGGGAGACAGGGAGAGAGGAAGAGGACGGACGCGAUGGAAGCACCGUGGAAGAGACAGCACCGAGGUCGACGCGCGCGAGCAUCAAGACGACACGACGUGGACGUGGAGAAAAUGAGAGAGAAAGAGAGAGAGAGAGAGAGAGAGAGAGAAAGCGUGAAAAAGGGAGAACGAAAGAGAACGAAAGAGGAAGAGAACGAGAGUUAGAGCGAGAAUGAGAUUAUAUAGAGCGUGUAUAGAGGGAUUCGUGUUCGGUGAGCCUGUGCGCUGAGGCGUGCGUGGAACACGUUCGGGAGGAGAGAAGAGGCGGAGGAACGAAAGAAGAGGAGGUGGGAUUGUUCGAUGCGACGGUACUCGCGAACGCGAACUUUGCGACCGACUAACAUAUAUAUAUAUAGAAAAGCCGCGUGUAUCUUGAACAUUCUGUAACCGAAAAACAACAACAACAACAACAACAACACGGAUACCAUGGACCCGAUUGCGCGAUGGCGCUCGUCGUUCGAAUGAUUGCCACUUGUGUUUCGGACUAAUUUGAUCGGCAGCCAUCUUGAGGCGAAUAAAUCUUGAGAUACGGUCGCGUAAAAAUGGAAUUGCGUGUAUAUAAGACGCGUACUCUAUACUGAGACCGCAGAGAGACCAAUUCGUGAUAUGCUUGAAGAAGGAUGGAAGAAGAGAAUGAGAGAGAGAGAGAGAAAUGAAAAGGUCGAACGAUGCGCCAUGCGCCCACACCUGGGACAGCGAAAGAGCCAAGAGACACACAUACAAAUUCGUACGAGACGCGUACGUAAAAUUCCAUACGGGCCAGAUUCAUACGCAACGGACACACUCACUCCCAACCAUUUACCUGGCGACCUAUAUACAUAUACAUAUGCAUAUAUAUAUGUAUAUACAUAUAUAUACAUUGUAUCUACAUUUGCCACGUGAACACACGGAAACGCCCCGCCUGGUAGUGGCGUGGUGACACGAUCACGAGUAUAUACAGAGACACGGAAGGAUAUACAUACAUAUAUAUAUAUAUAUACAUAUAUACACAAACACACAUACACACGGAGGCAUCACGCGUCCGUGGUAAAGACACAUUGAGGGCGGGGUGUGCGGACACUUAAUAUCGCGCACGACUUCACCAACACGUACACACAGAUAUUACCAACGUGUAAUAAUUUAUUUUUUCACUGGUAUAGUCGGAGAAUUGAUAUUGAAUAUAUCUGUAGAGCCUAUGUAUUAUAUUCAAAAUAUGCACUCACUUCGCGGGUUGUCGCGAAACGGUGUAGGGACUACCAGUAUCCGGUCUGUCGAAGCGUCGACGAACGAACACCCGGGAAGAUUGUUAGUCGUGACACAUUUUCUGCUAGAUUAUUCCUCUUACGCACAUUUGUUCGAUUCGGGGGUGGAAGAAAACCGACGACCGAAUCGAAGAGGAAGAAGGAGAACGAUCUUUGAAGAAGAAAACGUGACGGUGUUGGAAAAGCGAAGAGGACGAUGAUAUAUAUUAUAUAUGUAGCACGGCUGCCGGUGGGAUUCUUUCUCGAUCGAGUCGCAGAUGGUGCUCGCGGUUCCAUACCGUUCGGAAAACUCGUCCUCGGUACGAUUUUACAUUUUAUUUUUAUAAUAAAUGCAGUAGAGCGUAGGAGAGAAAAAAAAAUUGAAAAAAGCGAAGAAGCAAAGAAGAGGAGAGAAAGAGAGAGGGAGAAAGAAUAGAAAAAGGGAAGAAGAGUAGUGGUGGCGUGUUCGCGCGAACGGGAAUAUGGCCGCGUUGCGUCGCUGCCCCGCCAAGGGAAUCAGAGUUUCUCUUCACGGCCGUGAGCGCACCGUGGCGUUAGUGGCGUCUAGAGUCGACCGUCGUAUCGAAGAAGAAAAAGAAAAAAAAAAAACUUUGAAAAGAACGGUCGACUGCGGUCGUUAUACGGGCUUAAAAAAAAAUAUUUGAGCUUAAGAAGAACUUGUUGUCGACCAUGAUCGACCAUUUCGAUUAUUGUAAUAAUCCCUUCGUUUCCCUUGUAAGAUUUUCUUUCGACGCGACCUAACCUAUUUUAUCGCGUGGGAUUAACGGAUCAAUCGGACGACGCUAGAUUCGUCCAUAACGGGACAACGUUCUCAAAAUUGUGAUCGAACGAAGUUCGACGCGCGAUUAUACUCGAACUUUCCUAAUUCCUGUUUUCAUCUCCUUAAAUUCCUGUAUUUCUAAUCUGUACGAUCUAUUGACAGGCGCCGAUUCCAGGUUAUCCGAACUAACGUGGUUGGCGUCCUGGUCCAACGAUGUUCGAAAAUCAUGGACAAAGGGCGCGUCGAAAGGGAAACAAAGCCGGUGAAAGGGGUUUGGAGCAGCGAGCAACCAGCCGGUUCGCGUUCGCGAGAUUAAUUAGAUGAUUACGUUGUUAAAGGCCGCUGUUACUGUCCUCGACGGCCGGAGAUGCGACCGUGCUCGUGACCUCGAACACGCCUCCGGGCGUCGAUCCGUUUGCGUGGAGCUAUGCAUCAGGAUAUUCAAUUUUGCCGAAUAUUUUUUUAUCGAAGUGCGAUAUAAGUUUUCGGGGGCUUCGCGUUCGCGUUGUCAUUCUAUAAUUCUAUGAAUAUUUAUCGAUCGGCGGGGAAAGUUGGGCAGAAUUAAAAUUAGCUCUCUAUAAAAAAUAUUUGAGUUUAAAAUUACAAAAAUUAUUAGCUUCUCUCAUAAGUAAAAAAAAAAAAAAAAAAAAAAAAUUCCAUCAAAUUCAUUUACCACUUUUAAACUCGAAUUUACUCGAAACGUAUUAAUAAAUUAAAUCGGUUUAAAAAAAAUCGGAUCGAAAAUCGCUCUCUUACGUGCCCGCUCCACGCUCGACCUCGGGCUUCAAAUCCAAUAUCCAGUCUCCGAGCAUAGCACGGAUGAAUCAUAACUUCUCCUUAUUUGAUCAUCAACUUGUCAGAUCGGGUCACGGUCGGCCCCGUCCGUCGAGCAAUCGCGAGAAGCCGCGACAGCAACAAUGGCGGAGGUGCCGCGAGCCGCGGGCCGGGCACUAGGUGCUAAAAGUAUUAAAAAAAAAAAGUGUUUAAUCUUGUCGUCGUGGGACAAACGUACGGAAUAAACGCGGCCAUGGAUUGUCGAAUUGCUCGCGCGCAAAGUAAGAAGAGAAAGAAGAAGAUUCGCGUUUCGCGUCGGUCGAUCCGCUCGGUCCUCUCUUAGACUAGUUUUGAAAAAAGAAAAAAAAAAAAAACUUUAGCGUGAAACUUUGUAUCGUGUAAGUGUAAUAAGUAGUAUAAUUUUUAGGCGUGAACUUUCGUCGUUCUUUCGUACGGAUUUUUAUAUAGCAAGUUUUGUAUGAUCGACGCCGAGCAACCAGCUUCCUGCGGUCGUUCCGUCAUGGAUCCGAGAGCGCAUCGAUCGACCGAUCCUCGACGUCUUUGCUCGCUUUUUUUUUGUCCAGUCGAACGAAAUUUCUCCUAAUUUGGAUAACGAAAAUGGAUUUCUUCGAUGGUAAAUUUUGUCGAGGGAUAAGAUAACCUCGUUCUCGAAUAACGGUGUUCUCGAAAAUUCGGUUUCUCGGACGGAAAAUUCCCUGAAAGAAGAGUUCCUUCGAUAUAAGAUUAAGAGACUCUUCACGAGAAGAAUGGAGAGAGAGAAAGAGAGAGAGAGAGAGGGGCCGUGUCGAGGCUUCUUCCUAUCAUGGAAAAUCGAGGAAUCUUGAAGAUUGUCGAGCGAUUCGGCAGUUGUGUGGCCGCGCGAGGGGGUGCUAAAAACAAAUGUUUUUUAACCGCGGAACUAAUAAGGGUAGGAAAAAGUGGAUGGAAGAGGAAAAAUCGCGGGGAACAGAGGCGAGAGGGGACAAGGUGGGAGAACAGUACCCUUUAUAGUAAUAUCUAAACUUAAUUGUAACUAUUAACGAUACGUACGACUGUGGUAGCUAUGCUAGUACCUGCUAUUGUUAAAGAGAGAGAGGGGGAGAGAUUGGAGAGAGAGAAAAAGAGAGAAAGAUAGAGCGAAAGAAAUCGAUUGGAUUGAAUGAUGAGUCGAGGGAAAGAAGGGAGAAGGAGUAAAGACUUUCGAGGGUUGGUACGGAAGACGUCCAUCAGUGUAAGGUGACCCAAUUCUCGGAUCACUUUCUCGAUAUAUUCGGAUCGUUGGUCCUGGCUAGAUAGAAAAAAAAAAAAAAAAAGAAAAAGAAAAGGAAGAAUUUUCGAUCGAGCCUCGAGAGAAAGAGAGAGAAAGCUCUCUUGGAUUAUUUUUCUAAUCUAAUCUUUGUAAUCAUCGAACAAAUUGGGUGUACGAAAUCGAGAUCCUCGAACAAGAUCCAAGACGACGAUCCUCGUCGCGCUUUGGCGAUGUUCAUUAUAAAUGUCUCGAGGCCUUUUUUUUUUCUUUCUUCUUCAACGAUCCGAUCAGGAAUGGGAUAGGAGAAUGGCGAGAGAAAGAUUAAGAAGGAAAGUUGGAGCAAGCGUUGCAAUGAGUUGCGAAUCAAAUGUGGAUCUCGGCUUGAGACGAGAGGCUCAGUUCAGCGAAGAAUCAAACACACGUACACGAUGUAUACUCUUCUAGCAAAACCAAAAAAAAAAAAAAAAAAAAAAAAAAAGAAAAAAAAGAACGAGUGAAAGAGAAAGAGAAAGAUAAUGAAUCGGAUUGAAAUCGAUGGAUGCAUGAUGGAGGCGCGAGAUGGAUGAGUUGAGGUGAGUGAAGAGAGAGAGAAAGAGAGAGAAAGGAAUGAGGAGAAGGACAGAGAGAGAAAGGAACGAGAUAUAGAGCAUACAUUGAGAUACAUACAAAAAGAUAAACAUAUAGUAUUAUACGAUUACAAUACGAUUGUAAUGAAACACUUUGUAAGCAAGGAAACAAAAAAAGAAAAAAAAAAUUAAGCAUAGUUUUCCAUAAUCUGUAAUGGAUGUAUUCGUUAACGAAUAAAAAAAAAAUGAGGACGAGUGGUUAAGGAUAAUACACACACGGACACGAACACACAUGACACACACUGUACACGAACACACAGUUGAAUAACCGUUCGAAGUAACUCGGGUACACGACACACAAGAAGUAAUAUGAAAAAAAGAAUAAAAAAAGUAACUAAUAAUUAAUAAACACGUGAGUAACGUGACGACGUAAACAAACGGUAAAUCUGUCUCUUUAAAGUAUCAUGUGUCUAUAAACUAUAGCGAUCGAUAUUGUCUUUUUAACCGUAAAUGGAGAAACAAGUAAUCGUGGUAACGUAACUAAUGUCAUAGCGAUAACCGAACACUGCAAUAUUAGAUAUAAUAUAUAUUCAUACAUUUAUAGAGAGAAAAGUGAGGGAAAGGGAGUGAGGAAGAAAAAGAGAGUAAAGAAAUUGUGCGAGGCUCUGACGCGCGUGAUUAGGAAAAAAAAAAAAAAAAAAAAGAAAAAAAAAUGGAACAGAGAAAAAUUCGAAACAACUCGAGACGAUGUAUCAUCGAUUCGUUCUCGAAAGCUUUUCUUCGUUGGAUGAAAAAAGUUUGGAUGAAAAAAAAAGAAAAAAGGAACAGAAAAAGGGAACAGAAAUACACGCGCACACGCGUGUAAAGAAGGAGAACGAUUCGAACAACAAAAUGAUGCGAGACUCGCGUGUCAGAGCGGAAGUGAGCAAACGUGAUACGAUCUCCAGGCACAGUUGAAAAGAGAAAGCCGUUUCAUGUUGAAAAAUGAAAAAAGAAAAAAAAAAGAAAAAAAAAAAAGAAAAGCAGCAAGAGUAAAGCAAAAUGAAAGCUGAAUGGAAGCGAACAAUAUUAAAUAUGCGUUUUGUGUAUCGGACACACUCGAAGCUACACACUCACGCGCACACACAGACAGCAAAGACACUACUACUACUACUACACAUACACACACACGCACACGACACACGGAGAAACACAAAGAAAGACCCAAAAAAAAAAAAAACCUAUCGAUUAUUCUACCAAAUAAUGAAUUAACAAGAGGAUGAUCAUUAGAUUUGUAAUUAAUUACAUAUAUAUUUUUCAAUACUUUAACUACUUGCUGAAUGUAAACUAUAUACAUAUAUAAUUAUAUAUUAUAUAUAUUAUAUAUAUAUUAUAUAUACACACACAUACCGCGUAGGGCUGUAUCUCGAUUACAGCGUGGCGUAGAAGGCCGGCCCGUCGACUUCCGGUUCUCAACAAGAUCGCAGCGACCCUCGACGAACACCGUCAAAAAACGAUGCGAACAGAAUCGUAACGGGAAACAAGGCGAAUUGGCAACAGAUACACAGUGUAAAAAAAUGUCGUUUCGACGUUGUCGAAGACCGGAAAUGGCGGGAUCAGCCCUCGACUGCGGGACCGGAGGGCGCGCCAUGUUGACUCGAAGGCGGCGUUCUCCGGGCAGGGACGGAGAGAUCUGCGAAAGAGAAGAAGAGAAAGAAAGAAAAACCUUUUUGUACCCCACCCAAGUCACACUCUCGGUGUCGAAACGGUAAAGAAAAACCAAAAAAACAAGCAACUAUGUUACUCGUGUAAGUGCAUCCUAAAUGUAACUGUUACGAAAUGCCCCUUCUCCGAAGCCCCACCCCAGGCCCCAGUCUUCAUCGUUUCGUACGUAGCAAGAGAGAGGGAUGAAACAAGCGGCGGAGAAAACGAGGAAAAGAAACAAUAGUGCGAAAGGAAGGGAGAGAAAGAGAAAGAGAGAGAGAGAGAGAGCUUGAAACUUUGAGCGAAAGAUAUAAAACGCGCGCGUGUGCGUGGUUGUGCGAGUGAAAAGAUACGAAUUUUCCGAUCGAAAUAUAAUCAUAUAUAUCUGAAAACAGUGUUUCGACCAUGAUUCGAGAGACCGUUGAAAAUCAGUGUGCGUGGAGAAACGAAAAUUUCCACAGGCUGAGCAGUUGUUUCUCGAUGCAUACGUGGAUGUCUCUUGUUUCUUGACCCCUUCCGUGACGCGACGUUUUCCUUUUCGUUCUGUUCGCUAAACACGGUUUGUUUACACGCGUGCGCGCCUACGUUCUUUUUUCCCGCGUUUAUCGUCGUUUUAACACUUUUUCAUCGUGAUCCGUAUACACUCGGAAUCGAAUGUGAGAACGAGAGACGAUGCGACGAGUGAUACAUGUGUACGUGCGAAUGAUGAAACAUGUGUGUAUGUAUGUAUAUAUGGGAGAGAGAGAAAGAACGAACAAAGUGGGUGAGCAAGUGUUGAGGAUGCGUGCAAGCGAGACAAACAGCGAGACACUGUGCGCCUAUAUAUGUAUAUCUGUAUAUAGGUACCAUUUUCAACCGCUACCGUUGUUUCUUUCAUACUAUUUCUUCUCCUUUUUUUUUAUUACUAUUACGAUUUUAUUAUUAUUAUUAUUAUUAUUAUUACUAUUAUUAUUAUUAUUAUUAUUAAUAUUGAUUAUAUUAUUAUUGUAAUCGAGAUGUAUUUUCUGUUGGCUUUAGAUUUUGUUCCUUUAUUUUUGUACGAGAACCGUUUUACCUUUACUAAGUGUGCGUUAAGUAAGCUAUAUAAGAACAUAUUUUUCUUACCGUCAAUUCGACGAUCCAUCCAGAUGGAUCUAUUGCGCGAACAACGCCAAUCGUUAACGAAGAUCGUCAACAAAAAAAAAAAAGGAGAUCUCUUAUCGAACAACGUGAUGUUAAUUUUUCAAGAAACGAUAAACGUGAAAACGAUCAGCGAUGUUCGCCAUUCUUUUCUUAGAUAUUAAGAUCACCUUUUUCACCAAUAUAUAUAUAUAUAUAUAUAUUUCCUCCUUUUCUUCUUUUACUUUUUAUUUUAAUUCUUUUAUUAUUUUUUUUUUCUUUUUGAUAGUUUGUUAUUGUUGUUUUUGUCCUUUUUUUUGUAUGACAUAUUUGAUUAUAUCAGCGUGCUUCGCUCCUCUAAUAUAUAUACCAUUAUAUAUAUAUAUAUAUUUUUGUUAAUAGUAUAAGUGGUUUGACAUAAUUACAGUUACAGUGAUUAUCCUGUUGUAACGGAUUUGUUUUCUAUAUCUCUUACGAUCCACGAAUGAGUUAUUAAUAUAUAUAUAUAAAAGAUACGUGCAUAUAUAUAAAAGUAUAAAUAUAUAUGUAUAGAGCAUAUUUAUAUGAGAAAAUUAUACGUACAUACAUAUAUAUAUAUAUAUUAUAUACAUACACUGCUAUUAUAUUUUGUUUAACGAGGAGACAAACCAAAAGAGUAAAAAAAAAAAAAACCGAAAAAUACCUAAGAAAAAAACAAUGGGUGAGGUGAAAAAUCAGAGUUUUUCGGCGUGUUGCUUGUUCUGAAUUAAACAUCAGGGUGAAGAGGGUUAGAACAGAGAGAAGAAUGAGUGUACGAGUGAGGAAGAGAGAUUUGAAAGAAGCGUUUCUUGAAAUUUUUCAAAUAUCCGGGUCAUCCUCUCGACCCAAAAAAGAGAGAAGAAGAAGAAGAAGAAGAAAAAAAAAAGAAAUUAGCGAAUUAUGAAACGAGAGAGGGCGAAAUGAGAAAAAUGGAACGAAGCAUAUACAUAUAUAUAUGUACACAUACACAUAGGCAGGCAUGUACACAUAUUACACACGCGCUAACACACACGAACAAUCCGACAAGUAACACACCGGCUGAAACGAGGGAGAGUGGACGAAAGGGAUAAAGAGAAAAACCAAAAAACAAGUCAAGUGUGAGACAAAAAUGAAACUCGCGUGUAAAAUAUACUUAUAAUAUCAUUUUGUAAAUUAUUUUUUGUAUUUUUAUAUAUAUAUAUACAUAUAUAUAAAUAUCAAAGCAUACGAGACAAAAAGCGGAACAGUGUUUGUGCGUACGAAAAAAAAAAAAAAAAAAAGAGAGAUACUGAGAGAAAGGACGAGUGAGAGAAAGAACGUUGGAGAGAGAAGAAGAAGAGGAAAGGAUAUUAAAUUUUGGGGAAUGGAAGGAUGCCGUGAGUAAGAGUGAAAGAGCGAGAAAGAGUGCGUUAAGGGAAAGUGUGAGAUAGAGGGAAAAACGGAGAUGAAAAUCUCGUGACGCAUUGAUAACACUGACGAUACUUAAAUCGAUCGUUGAUCAAAAAAAAAAAAAAAAAAAAAUCGUCCUUUCGUUGAUCGAGAGCGGCGCCAGAAAAGAUGCUGUUCGUUUAAUGGAUAAAAGGAAAAAAAAAAAAUAGAAAAAAAAAGAUAAAAAAAGAAACAAAGAAAAAAGCGUAAAAGACGCGUGCGUAAAAAGAAAAAAAAUAUAUACAAUGUAUGCAGCCUGUUCGUGAAGGAACAAACGUGUACACAAACACACAUACAGAGACAUACACAAUCUCACAAUACAUAUUAUGUUAAUUCGUAACACAUAACAGAGUCCUGAGAUGAUAAUGAUGAUUUUUUUGUUCCCUAUUAUUUGUACCUUUGUAUUGUAUUUCUGCAGCUUGUCAAAUGCUUUGUUUAUUACUACUAUUACUACUGUAAUAUUAUCGUUAUUCUUAUUACUCUUAUAAAAAUGAUUAUUCUUAUUAA